AUGACGACGCACGAGCGGAAGACCGUCGAUCUGGAGGAAGGCUGGGCCUUCAUGCAGAAGGGCAUCACCAAGCUCAAGAACAUCCUCGAGGGCAAGCCGGAGCCGCAGUUCAGCUCCGAGGACUACAUGAUGCUCUACACGACGAUAUACAACAUGUGCACGCAGAAGCCUCCGCACGACUACUCGCAGCAGCUCUACGACAAGUACCGCGAGUCCUUCGAGGAGUACAUCUCCUCCAUGGUCUUACCUUCAUUGAGAGAGAAGCAUGACGAGUUUAUGUUGAGGGAGCUAGUAAAGAGGUGGUCUAACCACAAAGUGAUGGUUCGGUGGCUAUCACGGUUCUUCCAUUACCUUGAUCGAUAUUUCAUUUCACGUAGAUCGCUUCUAGCAUUGAGAGAAGUUGGGCUCAGUUGCUUUCGAGAUUUGGUAUAUCAAGAAAUCAAAGGGAAAGUAAAAAGUGCAGUCAUUUCCUUGAUAGACCAAGAACGUGAGGGUGAACAAAUUGACAGGGCUCUGUUAAAGAAUGUCUUGGAUAUAUUUGUUGAGAUUGGCUUAGGCAGUAUGGAAUGUUACGAGAAUGAUUUUGAAGAUUUCUUGCUGAAGGAUACUGCAGAUUACUACUCUAUCAAGGCCCAAACCUGGAUCGUGGAAGACUCUUGUCCUGACUAUAUGUUAAAGGCCGAGGAGUGCUUGAAGAGGGAGAAGGAACGAGUUGCUCAUUAUUUGCAUUCUAGUAGUGAACCGAAGUUAUUGGAGAAAGUGCAACAUGAGUUGUUAACUCAGUAUGCAAGCCAACUUUUGGAGAAGGAGCAUUCUGGAUGCCAUGCAUUACUUCGUGAUGACAAGGUUGAGGAUCUCUCAAGGAUGUACAGGCUCUUUUCUAGAAUAACCCGUGGCCUAGAACCUGUUUCUCAAAUUUUUAAGCAGCAUGUUACCAACGAGGGGACAGCAUUGGUGAAACAAGCAGAAGAUGCUGCUAGUAAUAAGAAGCCAGAGAAGAAGGACAUUGUUGGUUUGCAGGAACAGGUUUUUGUCCGGAAAAUCAUUGAGCUCCAUGACAAGUAUGUAGCAUACGUCACUGACUGUUUCCAGGGGCAUACUCUCUUCCAUAAGGCGCUUAAAGAGGCUUUUGAAGUGUUCUGCAACAAAGGUGUCUCUGGCAGUUCAAGUGCUGAAUUGCUUGCCACCUUCUGUGAUAAUAUUUUAAAGAAAGGCGGCAGUGAAAAACUCAGUGAUGAAGCUAUUGAGGAUACCCUGGAGAAGGUAGUGAGAUUACUCGCCUACAUCAGUGAUAAGGACCUUUUUGCUGAGUUUUACAGGAAGAAGCUGGCUAGGAGAUUGCUAUUUGACAAGAGUGCUAAUGAUGAGCACGAAAGAAGCAUUCUGACCAAGCUAAAACAACAGUGUGGUGGCCAAUUUACUUCAAAAAUGGAGGGCAUGGUCACCGACCUUACUGUUGCAAGGGAUCAUCAAACUAAGUUUGAAGAGUUCAUAAGCACACACCCUGAAUUGAAUCCUGGGAUAGACUUGGCGGUCACUGUUCUGACAACAGGAUUUUGGCCAACUUAUAAAUCAUUCGAUAUAAACCUUCCUGCUGAGAUGGUGAGAUGUGUCGAGGUUUUCAAAGAGUUUUAUCAAACAAGAACUAAGCAUAGAAAACUUACAUGGAUAUAUUCCUUGGGAAUCUGCCAUAUCACCGCAAAGUUUGAGGCCAAGACUAUCGAGCUCAUUGUUACAACUUACCAGGCUGCAUUGUUGCUACUGUUCAAUGGAGCUGAUAAACUUAGUUACUCUGAGAUAGUAACGCAACUGAACCUGUCAGAUGACGAUGUAGUGAGGUUGCUCCAUUCUCUCUCUUGUGCGAAAUACAAGAUUCUUACUAAAGAACCAAGUAACAGAUCUAUUUCUCCUAAUGAUGUAUUUGAAUUUAAUUCAAAAUUUACUGACAAGAUGAGGAGAAUUAAGAUACCUCUGCCUCCAGUUGAUGAGAAAAAGAAGGUAGUUGAAGAUGUUGACAAGGAUCGAAGAUACGCAAUUGAUGCAUCCAUUGUUCGUAUUAUGAAGAGCCGGAAAGUCUUGGGUCACCAGACACUAGUAAUGGAGUGUGUGGAGCAACUUGGUCGCAUGUUCAAGCCCGACUUCAAAGCAAUAAAGAAGCGCAUUGAGGAUCUUAUAACCAGGGAUUACCUGGAGAGGGACAAGGAGAACCAGAACGUCUACCGAUACUUGGCUUGA